CUCUCUCGGCGGGCCGCGCCGUGCCGUGCCGGCGCCAUCGCGUAGCAGGUGAGAGCCAUCCGCCGCCAUCCGCCCCGGGAGUGCCCGCCCGGUCCCGCCAUCUGCCCCGGGGGCCCUCCUUGCUGUCCCGGGUGCGGGGAGCCCUGGCGCCGGGGCCUUCCCGCGGCCCGUAGCCCGGCGGCGGCGGGGCAAAAGGGGCCGGGCUCGGGCUCAGGCGGUGCGGGCCGCGCCGUACGUACGUCGCUUCCAGCGGCGGUGAACCGGGCGCGGCCCAAAGGCGGUGCUGGGGGUGCCGGGCCGCGUCCGCGCCGCCGCGGGAUCUGAGCUGGCCGCCAUGCCUGCCCUCCGGCCUCUCGUGAAGCCUAAAAUCGUUAAGAAGAGGACCAAGAAGUUCAUCCGCCACCAGUCUGAUCGCUAUGUCAAGAUCAAGCGCAACUGGCGGAAACCAAGAGGUAUCGAUAACAGAGUUCGCAGGAGGUUCAAGGGCCAGAUCCUGAUGCCCAACAUUGGUUAUGGGAGCAACAAGAAGACGAAGCAUAUGCUGCCCACGGGAUUCAGGAAGUUUCUGGUCCACAACGUCAAAGAGCUGGAGGUGCUCAUGAUGAGCAACAAGUCGUACUGUGCGGAGAUCGCUCACAACGUGUCUUCCAAGAACCGGAAGGUCAUUGUGGAGAGAGCAGCUCAGCUCGCCAUCAAGAUCACCAAUCCAAAUGCCAGACUGCGCAGUGAGGAAAACGAAUAAGCUGGCUUCUACAUCUGGGAUGUAUUUAAUAAAGUGUAAAAACUGA